CUUCACAAUUCUUGUUCUAGGACCAACAUGCACGCUGUCGGCCAACGACUCAGCGAGCACGGUUGGCAGAAGGUUCUGCUGAAUGACCCCAACCUACCAAAAAAGGUUCCAUCGUGUGUCACUUCAAAGAAGGGCAACAUCGGCAUCGAGCAGGACGACAUCGAUGAGUGCUACGAGGAUGGCAGCGGAUCCUUGUACUCGGUGAUGCGGCACGUGGCAAUCAACCUCUUCAGGAUCGAGAACCUCCUGUAUUUCAGCUACGGAGGCACCAGGAGCACAAGGCGGCAAAAGGCAACCAUGGCACUUCCCAAAGAGCUGAAGAAUGAGUUUCUCGACCUGGCCGGAAAAAUCAUUGCCAACACCAAGUACAAGUGGUACAUCAGGUCGAAAGAGGUCACCAUCAAGGAAAUCGACAUCAAGCGCAUUGCCAAGAAAGCGCUCAUCAAUCUGAUGACGGAGCGGCGCCCAAAGUUCAAACCUACCAAAGAAGACACAAGCUCCUCAGAGUCCGAAGACGAUUCGGAUUGAUUUCCAUGUCCGAUACUGAUUGGCAGCUACCUUCAGUUACAUUUUGCAUUGUAAUUAUUUUCAUAUGCGUGAUACACUGCUUGUUACCACAAAUAAAUUAACCAUUCCAAAAAUUUCAUUGUUUUCUUUAACAUUCCAUGGCAUUGCUCGCAGCAGACACGAUUUUAAUUUCUACAGUUUGUCGCAAUUUCCAUAUUGCUCUAAUACAAUUUUGUCAAUUGUUCGUGCAACACGUUUCGUUAUAAACAAAAUCACGCUACGUUAACCCUUUCCCUCCGUUGCUGAUUGUUUUCCGACAGUUAAAUUGAACUGGAUCUGCAUUGCCGUGGCAGCGUAACCGCCAUGGCCGAAACAGUAAUUUUCGGAUUUUGGCCGACGAUUUCGAUAAAAAUUGCUUCGCGAAUUAUUCCGCGAAUAAUUACACAAAAAUUAAGUGGAUGUGGUGCGGAAUUAAAUUUUUUUUUUCCGACAGUUAAAUUGAACUGGAUCUGCAUUGCCGUGGCAGCGUAACCGCCAUGGCCGAAACAGUAAUUUUCGGUUUUUGGGCGAAAUUUCCACAUCAACUUGCUUCCCGAGUGAUUCCUCAACUAACUUUACAAAAAUUUUUAAUGAAACAGUGAAAUUUGAAUUUUUUGAGCGACAUUAGAAAUUACACCAUGC